AAAGUAAUUAAUUUUAUAAAAUUAAGUGUGUUCAUUACUUGUUUUUGGCCACAACCAAAAGACGCAAUUAAAUUAAAAAUCAUUUGUGUGGCACUGUGUCAGUACUUCUGGAUACUGUUACACUUAGGCUUGACGCUAGCACUAAUAAAUACAAUUAAAAAUCACCUUAAUGAUCCUGCUAUUAUGGUAAAAGUGGCAAUAUUUAUAUGCCCUACUACACAUGUAAUAUGCAAUAUUGUGGUAUAUAGAAUUAUUUGGCAUCGUCUACAAUCAAUUACUUUCGAAAUGGAAAAUUUUUAUAAAUUGAUUAAACCACACGAGGAAACUAUCUUACAAAAAUAUAUAAACAAAUGUGUCAUUUUUUACGGUGGAUCUAUAAUUGGUAUAUAUCUGAUCUCUAUUAUCAUCAUCUCUGGACCUGUUACACUUAAUCAACCUUUUCCAAUAAUGGCUGAAUAUCCAUUUGAUGUUUUCCAUCAACCGAUGAGAACGAUUGCUUAUAUACAUCAGUCUAUAUGUAUAUUGCAAGCUUCUGCUCACAUAUGUAUAAAUACCUACACUACGCUUUUACUCUGGUUUUCGUCGGCGAGAUUGGAAUUGUUAACCGACAAUCUGCAUGCAAUUAGAAAUAUUUAUGAUUUGACGAAGUGUGUUCAAGAACAUCAGAAAUUGUUAAAGUAUGCGGAACAAGUUAUUCGCGCAAUACGUCCCUUUGCAUUCAUAGUUAUGUGUUUUAGUACCCUUGGAUUAAUAAUAGUGGGUCUUAUUUUUGUUACUGAUCAACCGUUGUCAAUGAAAAUUCAAUGCGCUGGUAUAGCUUUUAAUGGAUUAUCAGAAGUAUUUAUGUAUACCUGGCCAGCGGAACAUUUAAUCCAUGUUAAUAACAAAAUCGAAAAAGCUAUUUAUAGUGUGGAAUGGUACGAACAUUCAGUAGAACUUCAGAGAAGUAUACAGAUCAUUUUAAUGAGGGCUCAAAAGCCACUGCUUAUUACGAUACCUUGCGUCAUGCCACCAUUAUCUCUAAACUAUUAUACAAAGGUAUUAUACAAAGUAUUUGUCGACCAUAUUCUCUUAUUUCACGGCGCUACGAAUAUUUAUGCAAACUAGCCAAGAAGUUGACGAACCAGAAAUAUAAGAGAGAGCAUAUUCUUGACAAUUUUUGAAAGUAGGCAAAUCAUUGUAUUCGUUCUAGAAAUAAAUAAUAAUAAACAAUA